AUGUCCAAACCCACAAUAACAAUAAUCGGCGGCGGAAUAGGCGGCCUAACCCUAGCAGCCGGCCUGCACCUCCGCAAAAUCCCCGUCCAAAUCUACGAAGCAGCCCCAACCUUCAAAGAAAUAGGCCUAGGCAUCUCCCUCGGCCUAGCCGCAUACCGCGCAAUGCCACUAAUCCACCCCCAAAUCCAACAAAUUUACGACUCCCUCAUAACAACCCACGCAGACAGUCCCGGCUACGAGUCCUACCUACAAACCUGGUUCGAGCUCGUCUGGGCCACAGGUCCACAAGAGGGCGACGUGCUAAUGGAUCUCAAAGCCCUACCCUCAGGUCAGACAGCGCUCCGAAGAGCGGAUUUUCUAAACGCGCUUGUUCAGCUCGUCCCGGCUGAAAUCGUGCAUUUCGGGAAGAGGCUAAGCACGCUCGUUGAAGGUGAUGACGGUGUUGUUUUGGAGUUCGAGGAUGGCGAGGUCGUGAAUGCUGAUGUUGUUAUCGGCUGUGAUGGCAUUCGCUCGAGGGUUAAGGAGUGCAUGUUUCCGGUGGAAUAUUCGCUGCGCGCGAAACCGGUUUAUAGUGGUAUGUAUGGAUACCGCGCUGUCCUGGAUAUGGGGGAUAUGGUGAGUGCGGUUGGGGAGAGGAGGGCGAGAGUCGCGACGAUGUAUGUCGCGCGGGGCGCUUAUGCUAUUUCUUAUCCUAUUAUGCGGGCUCGUUUGGUUAAUGUCGGUAUUUAUGUGUUGAGUUCGGAGGAUUGGGAAUAUGAGUCUUGGGUAAGGCCUGCGAGGAGGGAGGAUAUGGAGCGGGAUACGAGGAAUAUGGGGCGGUAUGUGAAGGCUCUUGUUGAGCAUAUGCCCGACCCAUCCCAAUGGGCCAUCUUCGAGCAUCCACACCUCUCAACCUAUACCCGCUCUAGAAUUGCCAUCCUCGGCGACGCCGCGCACGCGUCUACGCCGCACCAGGGUGCCGGCGCUGGCCAGGCUAUCGAAGAUGCACAUGUUCUCGCCGAACUACUGAGUGAUUCCCGUGUCGGCUCUGUCGACGACGUGGUCGCGGCUUUCAAGGCUUAUGAUGAGAUUCGUCGGCCGCGGAGUCAGAGGGUUGUUACUAGCAGCAAGGAGAAUGCAGAUAUUCUUUGUUUGUGCCUUGAGGGGGUUUCGUGA